GUGAAGCUUCGACAACAAAUACGUAGCUACGAGGACUCUCCGACUUAUUUUAGCCACUAUGCAUAUUAUGGCACGGGUCACGUGACCUGAGUUUGAGCUGCAGCUUUUACAGUUCAACUUCAUGCAUCCAAUGUUCACUUCAUCCAUGUUGAAAGAACAAAUGUAUCGUAAUUAUGUCACAUAAUUCCUGUAGGACCUAUACUGUAUAUCUACUGAAUAUGUGAAUACAAAAUACUGACCACCUUCAUCAAGCUGAAGAUCAUGUCAAGAUGAAUGGAAGGUGUCAUUCAGGACUUGGAGAACACAGAGACAAUCACAAUCAGCCUCGAGGAUGCAGCCCAGAUUAUCCUCCAGGAGCAGGGUAUCCCAAUGGAUGGGUCUGGUACCGUACACAUUCCCCCAGGUACCUACCAUAUUCUCACCCAAGAGGGGGCCCAGAUCUCCACCGAUGGCACACUUAUGUCCGAGGGAGGUGCCAUGGAUGCUGUUGGUAUAACUGUCAUACAGUCUGGUGAUGACAUUGUUGGAUAUGGAACAGAGACAUCGGGGUCUGGGGAGCUGGUCUCAGGAGAUGAGGCAAUACAAGUACAAGCGAUUGGAAAUGGAACUGAUUUAGAACAACAGAAUGGUACUAUUCAGCUGAUAAACAUCCAACAGUCACACAUGGAAGGUGGGGAACAAGUGUACCAGGUGUAUAAUCCCAACGAGGAACAGCCCAUUGUAACAGAGACCCAAUUUCUACACCCCACCUCCAUAGUCACACAAGCCCAAGUACUGCGGUCAGAGGCAAACCUAUUAGGUUCUUCUACAAUUGUCACACAAGUUCAAGCACUACAGUCUGAGGCAAAUCUGUUACAACCAUCCUCAAUGGUAACACAGGCUCAAGUAUUGCAGUCGGAGACCAACAUACUAGAGUCGGCUACAACUGUCGCAGAGGCUAAUGGACAGCAGUCGUCAGGGAUUGUAACAGAGGCUAAUGGACAGCAGUCGUCAGGGAUUGUAACAGAGGCUAAUGGACAGCAGUCGUCAGGGAUUGUAACAGAGGUGCACACACUUCCACCAACAGUUCAACAGACACUACAGACUGUUCAGACUGCAGACAAACAGCCUAAUCAAAUUUCUUUGUUACAGCAGUCUGUACAGCCACAAGUUGUCCUUGAAAAUUUGGAAAAUGAAGAUACUUCAGAACCACAAGAAAUACAUUCAGUUCAAGUUUCUGCUCUCCUAGAGGGGUCAGAGGUUACUCAGAACUCAGAGGUCAGUCAGAUGUCAGAGGUCGAACCAACAGUGAGUGCACCUUCUGCAAAUAUCUAUAUAGAGCCUCUCCAAGCAGAUGGUACACCCACUGAAGCCAUUCAGACUGAUGUUGAACCACAAUCAAAGGACGAUGGUAAACAACUUGAUCUAUCAAAGCCGAUUGCCGUGACAAACAGUACUGAGGUUGUGAUAAAUGGGAAGAAGUGCAUUUUGAUGGCUAAUCCUACCACAGGGGAGCUGUGUGCCUACCCAGUGCUGCCACCUCCUGGAAAGAAAAAGAGAGGGCGUCCGCGUAAAGACCACAAGCAAGAUGGACGCUCUGAUUUCGCCAAGGGAACAUUGCCCCUGAUCAAGGCCAUGCCUCCCCAGGACAAGGACCAAAACAGUGCUGCAGAAGGACUGCUGGAACUGGGAAAUACUGAUCCUGAUGGGAUAAGGAGGAGUGGAAGAGUAAGGAAGCAGGCCUCAGCAUUGAAUGACUAUGAGGUGUUAGAAUUAUCCGGCGAUUCUGGAGAGGAAGACGAGGAAAGUGAGAUGAAAAAGCAAAAAAUUGACGACAAAAACUAUGUUCCAUUGACACCUUACUUGAUGCCAACCACAGGUGUAAAAAGAGGGCGUGGUCGACCACGGAGAUACCCGCCCCCUGGGCAGGUCAACUCCAACACACAGAUCCCAGCAGUCAUUAUUCCUGGAGCUAACGGCCAGACCAUCAUGAUGGCCCCAAUACAGGGAUUGUCCAACCUGCAGGCAUUCCAGGAGCAGGUGAGGUCACUACCAAAUCUUGUGGCUCGCCCAGAGGAAGUAGGGGAUGAGGAAAACAGCUCCCAAGAGGUCAUACUCAACGAAUCUGACCUCUCUCUGGAUACAGAAGACAGCACCCUGGCAGAUGUUGCUGCCUCAGCAGAAGCUGGAGUGACAUUAUCUAUCGCAAGAUCAGAGGCUAGUGGUAAAAGUGGAGGACUUGAAGGUGCUGAUCAGCAGACAAUCAUACAAAUACCAGAAAACCUAUUAUCAAUGUUUUUACCCAAGAAGGAUCCAGUCAAAAUUGGCCUGAAGGCAUCAGAGAGUGAUCUUGAGAAGAUGAAGUGUUCCAAAUGUGAUUUCCAGGCCUACUACCUACAGCAGUACCAGACCCACAUAGCGUCCCACACUGAUGACGUCCACAAGUGUAAAUGUUGCCACUACGUCACAUUUGACAUGAACGAUCUCCUUGCUCACUUUAAGGAAAACCAUCCGAGAUGUAUUUGCACCGAAUGUGAGUUUAUGGCAGAACAUGCAUAUAUCAUCAAGAGACAUAUGAUGCGACACAGUGCCAAUGGCUGUACAUGCGACUUGUGUGGGAGGGUGUAUAAGGAUCAUUACAUCCUGAAAAUGCACAUCAAGAUGGUACACAUGCCAGCUGAGAUCCUGUUCGAGUGCACUGUCUGUUCAAAGAAGUUCACAAGGAAGGCCCACUUAAAGCGCCAUCUACGGAUCCAUGAGCCUGAAAAACCCUUCAAAUGUCCUCACUGUGAUUACAGGGGCUGCGAGAGAUCUGACAUUUCCAAGCACCUGUUGAUCCACGAGGAGCCCAAACAUUUGUGUGAAGUGUGUAACAAGGCAUUCAGGCACAUGAAGAACAAAGAGCUGCACCUCAAAAGACAUAAUGGUCAAAGGGAUUACAAGUGUGGUGUCUGCGAUUUCUAUGGCUACACCUUCACUGACAUCAGGAAACAUAUUGAACGCAAGCACGCUGACAUCAAAACCCUCGUCUGUGAUAAAUGUGGAUCAGCCUUUAAAUCGGAGAGCUUCCUUAGGGAACAUCAGAAGCAACAGUGUGAAGUGUUUAUGAUAGAACAGGCUCUGGCCAUUGCUAACUCUGGGGGAGGUACAAGUCAGGCCACCAUACAGAUCCCGUCGUCCUCCUUCACCGUGGAUGGGUCACAGAUCCUCAUUGAUGGUCAACAAAUAGUGACUGAAGGCGGGGAACAUGUCAACAUUACAGUCAAACGCAUCUCAAUGCCAGACGAGGAUGAGGAGAACGUGAUGUUGACAGAAGUGACAGGGGAGCAACUUCAGGGUAAUCUGGAUGUGUCCCACAUAUCUGUGUCUCACGGCCAGGUGAUCACAGGCGAGGAGUUAGAUGGGGACUACAUUGAGGGGGUAGAGGAAAUCUCGAGGGAGGGGGUAGAGGAAAUCCCAAGGGAAGGAGAGGAGGAGGAGAUUACCAUUGAGGAGUUAAGGGUCGGGGCCAUCACUGUAGAUGGUGGGCAAGUCAUUGAGGCCCAUGAGGUGGAGAGACUUGUCGAAAGUGAACUGGAGGAAGCAGCUAUGGAUAUUUCACAGGAAGUAGAGGAAGAGGAGGAGGAAGAACUAUCUAUCGCUAUGGUGUAACUUUUUCUGUGUAAAUUGUUCUGUGUAUAUAUGAAUGCUCCUUCGUGAAUAAUACAUGCUUAUGGCAGCAUGAUGUGGACUCUUGCCCCAGUUUCAGUAACAUUCCAUAACUUAUGGGGCUUCCUUAAGAUUUUCCAUAUUAAAGCAUGACUGAAGUUAAGGAAAAUUUCAUUAACUGAAAUGUCUCCUUAACUCCUAUAAAUGCUUUCCUAUGAAAAAGUUCAAGUUAAAAAUAUCCUUACGUUAAGGAAUGUUCAUGAAACUAGGACCAGGUUGUUCUAGUGAUAUGGUGAAGGAUGCUCUCCGACUGAGGUUCAGACUGCUGUAUAUAUGAUGUGAGGGUACGACAAUGUCUGGAAGGAAUGUUUUCCAGCUUAGGUUUCUUCAAAAUUUCAGUUUUACGAGAACUACUGGUAGCUAUUAAGCUACUGGAACAUUGUUUUCUGUAUCUAAUGAAGAUGUUAAUAACUUGGAUAAUGACACACUGUACUGUUUUGAGAUUCAUUUACAGUAAGUUCCUGUAAAAAGGUAGUGUGGUGUUUGAAAUUGUGCUUCGAUGACUUUAACGUGUAUCAUGAUAUUUGAGAGGCAGAUCACCAUCUAUCACAAUGUACAUUGCUUUCAUAGGAAUAUUUACUAUUACAUCAGCCACUGAAGUGUGCUUGUAGAACCUGUUGAUGGGGAACAUGUAUUCCAUUUUGGUCUAAUACUUUGGAUACUGGGUAUGUUAUAUUUUAGGCAGUUAAAAAGACCCAGCAUAAUAUGUUGAAAAUUUGACAUUACUAGGAGAGCAUUUCAUCAGUUUGAAUUUUUUAACAAACAAGUUGAAACAAUUUAUCAAAUGUAAUCUUCAAUAAUGACAGAGUGUAGAGUGUAGUUUUGAUAUCAUACCUGGAUUGUGACAAGAUGUUCAUUUUGUAGAAUUUUUUAACAUUUGUGUUAUGCAGUAUUUUUCUCUUUUAAUCACAACACACCAAAUAGCACUAUACUGUGAUACAUAAGUCCCUUUAUAUACCAUACAGGUUUCUCGCAUCAUUCACAGAACUGUCUUCAGUUUUACCUGUACAGGAUCCCACUGCCACACACUCAGUCACGUGGGGGGAAAAGCAAUGGAUGUCACGCAAACAAUAAACAAGAGUUAUGGCCCUUAAAGGAAUAAAAACAAAGGAAAUUGGUAGAUUUAUACAAAAACACCAGAAUAUUCCAUAUUAUUCCUUGCAACAAGCUACACCACACACAGUUUGUUUAACAGAACUGAUGAUCUUUGGAAUAAAUCACAACAUUAGCUGUGAAAAUCAGUGACUAGACCGUUCAAUAAUUAUGGAAGCGUACAUUUCACUUAUCAAGUCUGUUCCAUCCAAUAUUCUUUUUCUGUUGAUUUAGAUAUCUGUAUAUUGGCAAUGUAGCAACAUCCACUGACAUAGUGUAAUUGUUUGAGACAUAUUUAAAUUCAUUUUGAGAACAAACUUUUAGAUGAAAGCAUUUCUAUAUAUUUACUUGUAGUGUGAACCUCUCUUACCAAAAUAAUUUGAUUCCUUGAUUAAAUGUAAAUUAUUUUAAAAAUCUCUUGACUGUUCUCCGUCAUAUAAUAUCUCCGUUGCGUUAAUUACCUAGCGAGUGUUUCCUGUAACUCCCUUAGGGCAUAACAAGUCCAAGGCUAUUACUCCUGUUCUUCAUUAAUUCUCAUUUCAAAUUGCAUGCUUUCUUUCAACAAUUGAACUUUAUUCCAACCUUGGAGGAAAUGUUGCCGUACCUGUGCAUAUAGUGGUAAUUAAAGUACAAUCUACUGAAAGGAAGACUUUGUGAAUUACAUUUCCUUGGCAAGCAUCUAUACCAUAUAUUCACAAUAAAGAAGCACACACCUGGGCCUACAGCAAAAUUUUCACUGUCGGGAAAUCGAGAGAGAAAAAUAUAUUUUCAAAAUCUUGAAAUAAGUUUGAAAAGGUAAUUGAAGAUUGAAAAGAACUCAUCUGAUUGGAUAAGGUAACUUUAACUUGUUCUUGAAAUCAUUGUCUUAGAAUAUAAAUUUUUAUGAAGUAAGCACAUUACCAUUCUGCUGAUUAGUGUGGAGAAAGGUAAUGUUGUAAUAUAUUCAUAUACUAUUUCCUAACAGCACAGCUAGGUCUGAUCAUCUAGAAAUCCUACUCCUGGUUCAGCACAGCUAGGUCUGAUCAUCGUAGAAAUCCUACUCCUGGUUCAGCACAGCUAGGUCUGAACAUCGUAGAAAUCCUACUCCUGGUUCAGCACAGCUAUAGGUCUGAUCAUUUAGAAAUCCUACUCCUGGUUCAGCACAGCUAGGUCUGAUCAUCGUAGAAAUCCUACUCCUGGUUCAGCACAGCUAGGUCUGAACAUCGUAGAAAUCCUACACCUGGUUCAGCACAGCUAGGUCUGAUCAUCAUAGAAAUGUUUGAUCGACACCUGAAAGAUGACUAACGCCUAAAAGAUAUAGGUAUAUAGAAAUAAAAUAUAGUGUCUGUGAUCAGUACCAUGAAAAUAGAUAACAAUAAAAAAGCACUGCUUAUGCUUUCACAGACUUGUGUAGUCAUCAGACAACAGUUUAUAUAAUGAUGUCAUAGCUAACAACGAUGUCAUGAUAAAGUGGGUUUUUUUAAAUGUGUUAGUAACUCUGCCUCUUAGUUUAUCAUUUGUAUUAUUAGAACAACUAAAAUUUGAUCACUGUUAAUGUUUUAAUGGUUUAGUUGUGUUUUCGAUCACUGGUGAUAAACAUUACCUCAACGAGUGUCUAGUCAAUUGACAGGUCAGUGUUUGUGAUAUAAUAGAUAUGAAAAACUGUACAAAUAUAUUCUCUCUGAAAUGUAUCUAACCAUGAUGCGUUAUGCAUCUCUUAAAGUUUGAAAUCUGGGACAGCGCUGCCAGAGUGGUUAAGGCUUCUGACCAUCCACACUCACUAGCCCUCUAUCACUAGGUCACUAGGUCACCAGGUCGCAGAUUCAAGGUCUAUGCGGAACAGUUGCCAGGUACUGGUCGCAGAUCCAAGGUCUAUGUGGAACAGUUGCCAGGUACUGGCCGCAGAUUCAAGGUCUAUGUGGAACAGUUGCCAGGUACUGGUCGCAGAUUCAAGGUCUAUGUGGAACAGUUGCCAGGUACGGUCGCAGAUUCAAGGUCUAUGUGGAACAGUUGCCAGGUACUGGUCGCAGAUUCAAGGUCUAUGUGGAACAGUCGCCAGGUACUGGUCGCAGAUCCAAGGUCUAUGUGGAACAGUUGCCAGGUACUGGCCGCAGAUUCAAGGUCUAUGUGGAACAGUCGCCAGGUACUGGUCGCAGAUUCAAGGUCUAUGUGGAACAGUUGCCAGGUACUGGCCGCAGAUUCAAGGUCUAUGUGGAACAGUCGCCAGGUACUGGUCGCAGAUUCAAGGUCUAUGUGGAACAGUUGCCAGGUACUGGCCGCAGAUUCAAGGUCUAUGUAGAACAGUUGCCAGGUACUGGUCGCAGAUUCAAGGUCUAUGUAGAACAGUUGCCAGGUACUGGUCGCAGAUUCAAGGUCUAUGUGGAACAAUCGCCAGGUACUGGCCGCAGGUCGGUGGUCUUUCUCCAGGCACUCCGGUUUUCGUCCCAACACCAAAACCUGGCAAGUCCUUUAAUGACUAUAAUACUACCAAAAAA